UUGUUAAUAAGUUUUAUUGUUUGUUAUGUUGUUAUUUUGAUUUGUGUUUUAGUUGGGGUAGCUUUUUUAACUUUGUUGGAGCGAAGGAUUUUAGGGUAUAUUCAGAUUCGUAAAGGGCCCAAUAAAGUAGGAGUGAUAGGAGUUUUACAACCUUUUUCUGAUGCGAUUAGGUUAUUUUGUAGGGAGCAGAGUUAUCCUUUUUUAUCUAAUUUUUUAUUUUAUUUUGUAAGUCCGGUUUUUAGACUUUGUUUGGCUUUGUGUUUGUGAUUAAUUUUUCCUAUUUUUUUUAAUAUGGUAGAUUUUGAGUUAGGGUUAUUAUUUUUUUUAUGUGUUUCUAGCUUUGGGGUUUAUGCUAUAAUAGGAGCUGGUUGAUCAUCAAAUUCUAAAUAUGCUAUAUUAGGAGCUUAUCGGGCUGUGGCUCAAACUAUUUCUUAUGAGGUAAGUUUGGCUCUUAUUAUUUUGUCUUGUGUUGUUUUAGUUGGGGGAUAUGACUUGUUGAGAUUUGGGGGUGCUCAGAAUGAGUGGUGAAUGGUUUGGGGGUUUUUUCCUUUAGCGAUUGUAUGAUUUUCAUCUUGUUUAGCUGAGACAAAUCGUUCUCCUUUUGAUUUUGCUGAGGGGGAGUCUGAGUUGGUGUCUGGAUUUAAUGUGGAGUAUAGAAGAGGAGGAUUUGCUCUUAUUUUUAUAGCUGAAUAUGGAAAUAUUUUGUUUAUGAGAUUGAUUAGAGUGGUAAUUUUUCUUGGGGGUCUGGGGGGGAUGUUUAUUGGAAAGGUAGUGAUUUUAAGAAUUUUGUUUUUGUGGGUUCGUGGGACUUUUCCUCGAUUUCGUUAUGAUAGGUUAAUGGGUUUGGCGUGAAGGAUUUAUUUACCUUUGGCAUUAAAUUAUUUGCUUUUUUCGUUUGGGGCUUGUUUGUUUUUUGUAGUUGUUUGCAUAUAA